AUGGAAGGCCUCGGGGUGGCCGCCAGCGUCAUCGCAGUCGUCGACCUAUCCGCCAAAGUCGCAACGAUAUGUUUGCAGUACUCCAAAGAAGUCCUUAGCGCCCGAGCAGACAUUCAGCGCUUCCAAUCGCAGGUCAAGCACCUCGGCGUGGCUCUGCAAGCUACGCAGCACCUUGUCGGCCAAGAUGCGGCAGCGCGCUCGCUGUCAACGUCCCGGGAGCUUCUGAAGCCCUUGCACAAUUGCAUCGCGGAGCUUCAGGGGCUCGAGAAGAGGCUCGACCCGAAGCAAUCAGGGCGAUCGGCGAUGCGCCGCUUCGGUCUUCGCGCAUUGAAGUGGCCUUUCAGCAGCAAGGAGGUCGACCAGCUGCUUGCUAGUCUGGAGCGGCACGAGAAGACGAUCCUGCUCGCAUUGCAGGCUGACCAGACGGUGAUGCUUAUCAAUAUCCAAGAGGGCGUGAAGCAGCUUGGACUGGAGAAGGACGGCCCUGACUCUACCGCCCACAAAGCGCAUUUCAUGGUCCCAUUUCCUCCAGACCCAGACUUUGUCCGUCGACCCGAUAUUGAAGACUGGAUGCGAGAUCAAUAUGACCAGGAAGGACGCCAACGCAUGGCACUUGUCGGCAUGGGCGGCUUUGGCAAAUCCCAGCUUGCCAUCCACUUUACGCAUAGACUCCACGCGGAAGAUCCUGCCACCAGCAUUUUCUGGAUCCACGGUGUUAGCAAGGCUUCUUUCGAGAAGUCAUAUCGCGCUCUCGCCGACGUGCUAGACCUCCCUCGCCGCUACGAACCUCAGGUCGAUGUCCUUGCGCUCGUUCGGGAUUGGCUGCAACGAGAGGACGUCAAUAGAUGGCUUAUGAUCCUCGAUAACGCUGACGACAUGGAUGUGUUCUUCCCCAAGGGCGUGGCAGACGGUCAUGACGACUCUAUGGAUGCACCGCUGGCCUCAUUCUUGCCCAAGUCGACCCGGGGCAAGAUAAUAGUUACUUCGCGCAGCAUGGAUGCUGCUGAGAGGCUGGCUGGGAGUACCCGAGUGAUUCAUCUGAUUAACGUCAUGUCCGAAGAGCAGGCUCACGAAGUCUUGGUCCGCCGCCUUCAGGAGACGCCAGGAGACGCUGCCGCCAUUGGUCUCGUUCAGGCGCUUGGCUGCAUCCCACUUGCAAUCAACCAGGCAGCAGCCUACAUCAACCGACGCAGCCCGCGACUCACAGUAGAAUCGUACCUAGACGAAUUCCAGCGGACCGAGAAGCGGAAGGACAGUCUUCUCCGCAGCGACAAGGGUGACCUAGGCCGAAACGAUGGAGUGUCAAAUUCAGUCGUGGUGACGUGGCAGGUCACUUUUGAGCAAAUCAGGCGUAGCCACCCGCAGGCUGCGAACCUGCUGUCGCUAAUGAGUCGUUUCCAAGCUCAGGGCAUUCCCGAACUCAUGCUAAGAGGCUACAGCACAGACGUUGUCCCAGAGGACGGGAAGGACGGAAUCGAGAGGCCUGACACAGCGCGACAUGGUGACAAAACCACUGCCGAAUUCAGGUCUAGUGGCGAAGAGAGUGCGAGUGACAGCGAAAGUGAGGGUGAGAAAGAAAGCGCCAAGAGGCGGUUUGAGGACGACAUUGAAGUGCUUCGAGGAUACUGCCUCGUCACGUCUUCAGGAACAACCCAAUGGGACAUGCAUCCACUGGUCCAGUUCUGCACUAGGUCAUGGAUAAUAGAGAACGGCGUUGAAAACCGUUGGGACGAGCUUUUCCUGUCGCUAGCAGCUCAUCAUUUCCCUGAGCCAAACGUCAGGUCUCAGAGGCUUCUCACACACAUCGAAUCCUUUCUCCUACGAAAGCGCCCUGCCAAGUGGAAACCUUGUCAAAACUUGGCCAAGUUAAGCACCAAUAUGGCUCGCUACAAGCAGUAUACUGGCCAUUGGUCAGCGGCAGAGACGCUGGCAAGUCAGGCGGUCAAGACUUGGACUACGGCACUGGGCCCUGAGCACCCGCGCACAGUCGAGAGCAGGUCUAUCCUGCUGUCGACGUUGUUCACGCAGGAUAAGUGGGAAGAAGCUCAAGCACUCGUCGAGGAGCUACUUGCUUCCCAAACGGCGCGACUCGGAGCAGAGCACGAAUCCACUGUGGCAUCUAUGGCAGAACUGGGCAUUAUAUACAGCCGUCUUGGUCGUUACGAUGAUGCUGAGCAGCUCAAUCUGACCGCCGUGGAAGUGAGUACUGUGAAGCUAGGUCCUGACCACUCCGUGACGCUGUCACAUAAACUCGAUUUGGCACAUACGUUUACGCUGCGAGGUUAUUAUGACCUGGCAGAAAUAAUGGAAAAAGAGGUGCUACAGAGUCGUCGGAGAACAUUAGGGCCUGAACAUCCGGAUACCAUGUCCAGCAUGUCGAACUUGGCAGUCACUUAUCUAUAUCAAAGUCGCUGGGCGGAGGCAGCAGAACUUGCGAAGGAGGCCGUGAAACAGAAGAAAGCUGAGCUGGGUCCCGAACAUCCUAAGACUGUCUAUCUCAUGGAAGUUCUGAAUCGGGCGUUGAUGGGGCUUGGUCGUCGCCAGGAAGCGAUCAAAGUCUUUGAGGACAUUGUCGAGCAGAAAAAGGCUAGGCUCGGCGAUUACCACCCCGAGGCACUGUCUAGCAUAUUCCACUUGGCCGGGCUCUACCGCCAGGCAAAACGAGACGAAGAAGCCCUUGCCCUGAUACGAGCGUGUGGCCUGCUUGAUCGGCAGACUAGCGGGGGUUCGGAUCCGGACACGAAAAGGUUGAAUGAGCUGCAGGACCAGUGGCAGAAGGGAUUCGCUGGGGUAUUGUAA